UUGAGACGUUACUGCUUACAGCUAAAUAAUAUCGUCAUUCGCCGAGGCGCCUCCUCAGUGUUCCGCGGUAACGAAUAUAGCGAGCAUCGUGUCGACUAAAAAUCGUAGAGAAUCGAAUCGUACAGAAGAACAAUCACUUUUUAAUCAAUCGAUAAAAUGGAGUUUUUAUCCUUGUCCCUGCUCCUCGUCGCGAUCUCGAUUGUCGCCUAUUAUUACUGCUUCGUGAGGAAAAGUUUCAAUCUGUUCCAAGAGCACGGCAUACUUCACAUCCCGCCGUCCCCUCUCGUGGGUAAUUUGGGCCCGUUGAUCAGAGGAAAGGAGAACAUACACGACACUAUUCAGAGGAUGUACAACAUCCAUCCUGACGUCAAGUACGUGGGUAUAUUCGAGUUUCUCACUCCCGUGAUAAUAAUACGGGAUCUGGACCUGAUCAAGAGCAUCACGAUGAAGAAUUUCGAGCAAUUCCCCGAUCAUCGCCCCAUGUUUUGCAAGAGCGUGGACCCGAUGCUCGGCGAGAUGUUGUUCAUCAUGGACGGGGAACAAUGGAAGGAGCACAGGAACAUGCUCUCCCCCACCUUCACCUCGAGCAAGAUCAAAGGUAUGUUCUUGCAGAUGUCCGAGUGCGCCAAGAGAUUCGCCCAUCACCUGUCCAAACUGCCCGAGAAGGAGAGGGAAAUGGAGAUGAAGGCGUUGCUCACCAGAUACACCAACGACGUGAUCGCGAGUUGCAUCUACGGGGUGAACGUGGACUCGAUAAAGGAGCCCAGGAACGUGUUCUACAUGUACGGCAGAGUGGGCGCCACUUUGAUAGGGUUGAAGAAGAAUUUCAAGAUACUCGUGCACAGGAACAUGCCUUGGCUGGCCAACUUGCUCAGGCUCAACAUAUUGGAGAGGCACAUAGCGAAAUUUUUCACCGAUCUCGUGGUGGAGACGGUCGAGGAGAGGGAACGGAACGGGACGACGAACUCGGAUCUGAUCCAACUGAUGAUGGAUACGAGGAACAAGAGGGAAUCGGGUAAGAAGAGUCUCACCGUUCAGAACAUGGCCAAUCACGCGUUCAGCUUCUUCUUCGGCGGCUUCGACACGGUCGCUUCCCAGACGUGCGUGCUUCUCCACAUGCUGGUCGAGAACCCCGAGGUCCAGGAGAGAUUGCAGCAAGAGAUCGACGAGACGUUGGAGAGGAACGACGGCCAAUUGUCGUACGAGGUUAUACAAGAGAUGAGAUACCUGGACGCUGUGAUAAACGAAAUUCUCAGGCUCCAUCCGAUCGCCGUUUUCAUAGACAGAAUGUGCGUCAAGAGUUUCGAGCUGCCCCCCGCGUUGCCCGGCGACGUGCCUUUCACCGUCAAGCCGGGGAUGAACGUGUGGAUCCCCGUCAAAGCGAUCCAUCGAGAUCCCAAGUACUACGACGAUCCCGAGAAAUUCAAGCCGGAGAGAUUUUUGGACAAUGGGAAGGGCAUUAUGAGCUCGGGGGCGUAUUUCCCGUUCGGGAUCGGGCCCAGGAUAUGCAUAGGGAACAGAUUCGCGUUGAUAGAGAUGAAGGUUUUGGUCUGCCAUAUUCUUGCAGUUUGCGAUAUAAAGGCUGGAUCGAGGACGGGGAUCCCGUUGGAAUUCGAGAAAGGCGUGUUCAACGCGACCGCGAAAACUGGUUUUUGGCUGAAGAUCGAGCCCAGGAAAUAUUCUUACCACUCCGCUCAAAUUAACGGGUUGGUUAACAACGAUGUUAUUAACGGUGCGUGUAAAACAGGGAUUUGAAACAGGAUGAUAUUCAAUUGUUUGAAUCGGGAGUUUUGAAUUUUUUAAAUGUGUGGAAAUUAUAUUGUAUUAUAUUGUAACGGUGAUUCAUUGUGAGAUACGUUUGAUCAUGCUUUUUUUCCUUUUAUUGUUUACUUGAUAUUUGUACGGAUAAAAUAAAAUAAAAAAAAACUCUUGUGUAAUUCAUAUGGAUUACUCGAUUCAUCUUUCCAUUAUUCAUUAAUAUCAUAAUAGAUCA